GGCCCAGGUCUCGCUCAGCCGUUACUCAGCCUUUCCGGGCCCGCCGUUCCUGUCGCUUGGCGCCAGGGCCCGGCCCCCUCACGUCACAGCGCGGGGCCCCUUCCCCUGGCCGGCCGGAAAAGCCCCGAGCCCCCCUCUCCUCGGCUCGGCUCCCGUGAUGGCCAUGGAGGCCGCGGUCGUGGUGCCCAGGGGGUGGCGGCUGCUGCUGCUGGUGAGCGCCGCGGGGCUUGUGGCCCUGGGCGCCCCGCAGCCCCCUAACAUCCUGCUGCUGCUCAUGGACGACAUGGGGUGGGGUGACCUGGGGGUGUACGGAGAGCCCUCCAGAGAGACCCCGAACCUGGACCGCAUGGCUGCAGAGGGGAUGCUGUUCCCCAACUUCUACUCUGCCAACCCCCUGUGUUCGCCGUCCAGGGCGGCCCUGCUCAGUGGACGGCUGCCCAUCCGCAACGGCUUCUACACCACCAAUGCGCACGCCAGGAAUGCGUACACCCCGCAGGAAAUAGUGGGCGGCAUCCCCGACUCAGAGCGCCUCCUGCCCUCACUCCUGAAAGAGGCUGGCUACGCCACCAAGAUCGUGGGCAAGUGGCACCUGGGUCACAGGCCCCAGUUCCACCCCCUGAAGCACGGAUUCGAUGAGUGGUUUGGAUCACCCAACUGUCACUUUGGACCUUAUGACAACAAGGCCAAGCCCAACAUCCCUGUGUAUAAGGACUGGGAAAUGGUCGGCAGAUUUUAUGAAGAAUUCCCAAUCAACGUGAAGACUGGGGAAUCCAACCUCACCCAGAUCUACUUACAGGAAGCCCUGGACUUCAUCAAGCGGCAGCAGGCAGCACGACGCCCGUUCUUCCUCUACUGGGCAGUGGAUGCCACACAUGCUCCUGUGUACGCCUCCCGGCCUUUCCUGGGCAGCAGCCAGCGUGGGCGGUAUGGGGAUGCGGUGCGGGAGAUCGAUGACAGUGUCGGGAAGAUGCUGAGCCUGCUGCAGGUCCUGGGCCUUGCGGAGAGCACCUUCGUCUUCUUCACCUCAGACAAUGGUGCUGCCCUUGUCUCUGCUCCCAGCCAAGGUGGCAGCAAUGGCCCCUUCCUGUGCGGGAAGCAGACCACCUUUGAAGGUGGCAUGAGGGAGCCUGCAAUUGCGUGGUGGCCCAGGCACAUCCCUCCUGGCCAGGUGAGCCACCAGCUGGGCAGCAUCAUGGACCUUUUCACCACCAGCCUGGCCCUUGCGGGCCUGAAGCCCCCCAGAGACAGGGUGAUUGAUGGCUUCAGCCUCCUCCCUGCCUUGCUGCAGGGCCAGCUGACAGAUAGAGCUCAGUUACCGCUGAGGAGAGAAGGUGCUGGGCACCCGGCCUCCCCGAGUCCAGCUCUGCCUCUCCGGGACCAAGCCCCACAGCCUCAUCUUCCGCCUCCUUUUCUCCUUUGCUGGGAGAGUCCCGGGGCGGAACCCAGGACCUGGCACACGCCCAUACUCUAUUACCGUGGCAACACCCUGAUGGCUGUCACCCUCGGGCAGCACAAGGCCCACUUCUGGACCUGGACCAACUCCUGGGAGGAGUUCAGACAGGGCAUCAACUUCUGCCCCGGGCAGAACAUCUCAGGAGUCACCACGCAUACCCAGGAGGAACACACAAAGCUGCCUCUGGUCUUCCACCUGGGGCGCGACCCUGGGGAGAGGUUUCCGCUCAGCUUUGCCAGCACAGAGUACCAGGAUGCCCUCAGCAGGAUCACCCUGGUGGUCCAGCAGCACCAGGACACCCUGGUCCCUGGACAGCCUCAGCUCAACGUGUGCGACCAGGCAGUCAUGAACUGGGCACCCCCAGGCUGUGAGAAGCUGGGCAAGUGUCUGCGGCCUCCAGAGUCCGUCCUGGAGAAGUGCUUCUGGCCCCAUUAGCAUCUGUUUGUACCCAGGCCAGGCCCAGGAUCUCCCUGCCAGUGCCUGAGGGAAGGAAGCAUCCCAGCCACAGGCAGAGGGCACCCGCGACCAGCAGCAGGGCCUGCCCACUUCCCCUGGCCCAGGGCCUGGAGGGCUCCGGGCAGUUCCUGCACCUACUUCAACCCGAGGGUGGAAGUUCCCGGUUCUGUGCUGAGCCCACGAUGCUGUGGGCCUAGUGGACGGGACAUCGCAGAGGCUGGAGGAAUACAGCCUGCCCGCUCCCGGAAGCACGUGGGAGCAAGUGCUCAUCUGCCAGGACUGUCGUGCCCACGCUGGACUGCUGCACAAGUUGGGAAAAGACACGGAAAAGAAAUAAAGGAACGAGCGGCCUCUCA